CCAAGUUGAGAGAAUUAAGAAAUCCAAAAGCAUAUGAUUAGUCAACUAUUUUAAUCAUUUAGCUUCAAAAUUAAUCUGUAAACUAAUUAAAACAAGAUUCCAAAACGUCAUCAAGGCCUAUAUAUAUAUCUCCAUAACCUCAAGAACCCACCAUGUCUCUCUCCAUCAUUACACAACACAAAGAUCAUCAAACAUAAAAGAACAUAGCCAUGUCUUCUUCUGUUACCGUCAUGGAAGCCAAGAAGUCAAACAAAAUAAGAGACAUCGUAAAGCUUCAACAAAUCCUCAAGAAAUGGCGAAAAGUCGCUCAAGCAUCAAAACAAGCCAACAACAACAAGAUUAACAACGAAGAAGACAUCAACAACAACCUAACCAAAACUGGAAGUGGAAGUGCAAGUAAGAGCAUCAAGUUUCUGAAGAGAACACUAUCCUUCACAGAUGUAACAGCUGUUCCCAAAGGCUACUUAGCUGUCUCGGUGGGGAAAGAGGAGAAGAGAUACAAGAUACCAACGGACUACCUUAGCCACCAAGCUUUCCACGCGCUGUUGCGAGAAGCAGAAGAAGAGUUCGGGUUUCAGCAAGCUGGUGUGUUGAAGAUACCUUGUGAAGUUGCUGUGUUUGAGAGCAUUUUGAAGAUAAUGGAGGACAACAAGACUGAUGAGUACCUAACCACACAGGAGUGCAGGUUCAAUGCAACUACUGAUGAAGUUGUAACUUACCGUCAUCCUUCGGAUUGCCCUAGGACUCCUUCUCUUCAACCUCACAGUCCAAUGUGCAGAUAACUUUUGUCUUUGUUUUGAUGUGUUUGUUGCUUUUAACCAUUCUUCUCCCUCUUCCCCCAUGUUCCCACUUUUUUCCCUUGGGGAUUUGAACUUUGUGUACUUUGUAACUCCAAGAGAAAAAAGAAUGAGAGAUUUUUGAAUAAUGAAAUGUAUAAACUGAUCACUGAAAAAAUUGAUAACAUGAAAAGCUCUCAU